AUGCACGCCGCUACGACUCGCCUGGCUAAGGGCUUCUGGAGCCGCAGCCUUGACGAGUUCAAGCGGCUCUCCAACAUCGCCAUCAAAAUGGAAGGCAUCAAAGGACCAUCGGGCCCUUUUGAGCUCCACAGCUUCCGCAGCCCGGAGUCGCUAGAAAACUGCAAAGUCAUGUCCGACGCCGAUCUGGGAGGUUUUACGACCUCUAACCUCGACUGGAUACCGUCAAGAGAACCUAUAUCCACGGCUUCCGCCCCAGAAACACCUCCAUUGGGCCCCUCUGGCUAUGCCAGAUUCCACGGCACCAUCUCGACAAAGCUGCCUGCGAACCGGCCCGAGGUCCAGCGGACAGGCUAUGCAGGAUGGAGAACGCUGGAUAGGCGUUCUACGCUGUUCGGGAGGAGCCUUUGGGACAUUGAUAUGUACGGGUUCUUGGCGAUGCGCGUCAAGUCGGACGGGCGGAGCUACAUGGUCAACGUCAUGACCGAGUCGGUCGUGCCCACCGAUCUUCACCAGCACCGUCUCUUCUCCAAAAACCCCGGCGAGUGGGAGACGGUGGUCAUCAGGUGGAACGACUUUGUACGCACCAACGGCGGGUACGCGGUUGAACCACAAACGGAAAUUCUGCGGCAAAAGGUCCGGUCCAUCGGCGUCGCCUUGACCGACAGGAUACCCGGGCCCUUCCAGCUCUACAUCGACAGGAUAUGGGCUACCAACGACCCCCGCGAGGCCGAUGGCGCCACGAGCGUCACGAAUAUGAAGGAGGGAGAGCUCAAGAACAAGCAGGGGAAGAAUAUCGCUUGGGGGAGUAAAUGA